GAGAAACAGAGGGCAUUUGUUUAAGCAGAAAGCAAGAGACACAGUCUAGGGGAGCCCCAGCCCAGAACCUCUUUCCAGAGAAUGCCCACGCUCUACCCAGGUUGCCACCACCUGUGGGACCCAGUGCCUGGCACAGAUUAAAUGAUCAAUGAAUGUCAGGCCGAGGACGGAAUCCAUUCAACAGCCACUGACUGAGGACUCCUGCCAGCCAGCUCUGUGCCGAGGCCCUGACCAAUUCUCUGUGCUGAGGACGGUUUACAAGAUAAGAAAGUACCUCACUCAGGUGCUCCGUGCAGUGCAUCCCUUUCCAUUUUCUGCACCAAGUGGAGACGGUAACAUCUCCUAGAGAUGCUGUCAGAGUGAAUGAAGGUAUGUGAUCAAGGGUCCAGUAUGGGGGCUGGCACAUAGUAAGGGAUCAAUAAAUAUAAGUUAUUACUAUGUCAACUAAAGAAAAACACACACACACAACCUAAAAACUGCGAGUUAUGUUUUAUUUGGGGAACUUACUGAGGCCUAUAGAUGGGGAGACAGCCUCUCAGACAGCUCUGAGGACCUGCUCCAAAGAGGUAAGGGAGGUGCCAGGAUAUAUAGGAGUUGUUUGCUGGAAAAAACAUCAAAAGAUUAUUGCUAAUCACAAAAACAGACAUCUCAGUUAUUUUAGUGCUUUUCUAUAUAUGGGAAGAUGAAAGAGUCUGGGCUCAUUGAAAUCAUUCCCUACAUAUGCAUCUUUAUUAUCUAGGGCCAUUCUCCAAAGUACAUAAUGCUUCCUGUUUUCCUCCAUCCCUGAAUUCCUCUCAGGGCCCACCAUGGUGUGAGGUGUGGGGGCAUCUGCAGUGGCUGACGGCUUGAUCUUACUAGAACUGAAAUGGCAGUCAACACUCUUCGUUUAUUGGAAUGGCAGGCAAGUCACUGUCCACAGGUGGAGAUUACAUCCCCAUUUGUAUAGAUAAAGAAACUGAGGCCCAGCAAAGGAAGGUGACCUGUGCAAGUCCCUUUGGUUAUCAGGGACCUCACUGUGGUUCUCCUGACUUGGCCUCCAGUUAUCUCCUCAGGGUACAGAAGCUACCGAGACAGAAAAACAAACAGGCCUAUCAAAAGUAUUGUGCACAUCAGCGUCACUCAUAGAUGUGUGGAGUGUGUGUAGGACCAAAACUGCCAGAGUUGAUCCCAGGCAUCAGGGCAAAGACGGUGGAUGUAGCAAAAACACCUGCCUACCCAGGCACGCUGGCAAGCUGGAGGGCAACCCACACAAAUACAGGGGGGACUGGAGGUGGGCCUUUGCCUCUGGCUUCUGGAGGAAGAAAUAGAGAAUCUUAGAAAAGACGAAGCUGCGGCUAAUGCACUUCCAAGGGGGGAAAGGACUUUGAAAUUUGCCAUAAUACCAGCAUCCAGAGACAGUCUGCUACUUUUCCAUUAGAAAAAUGGGAUUAUGCUUUUUCCAUGUUAAAUAUCCUACAACACAGAUUUUCAAGGCUUCACAGCAAUUCAUCUUACUGAUGGAUCGAUCAUAAUUAAUUUAACCAAUCUCCAAUUUUUUUCCUUUUCUUAUUUUCUAAAAGUUGAGGACUUCCCUGGUGGCGCAGUGGUUAAGAAUCCACCUGCCAAUGUAGGAGACACGGGUUCGAGCCCUGGUCCGGGAAGAUCCCACAUGCCGUGGAGCAACUAAGCCCGUGCACCACAACUACUGAGCCUGCGUUCUAGAGCCCGUGGGGCACAACUACUGAGCCCGUGAGCCACAAUUACUGAAGCCCGCGCACCUAGAGCCCAUGCUCCACAACAAGAGAAGCCACCACAAUGAGAAGCCUGCGCACUGCAAUGAAGAGUAGCCCCUGCUUGCCACAACUAGAGAAAGCCCGCGCGCAGCAAUGAAGACCCAACGCAGACAAAUUAAUUAAUUUUUUAAAAAGUUGAAUUGUUGGCUCAAAGGGUCUACACAUUUUUAAUGCUGUUGACAUGAAAUAGCCGUUUAAUUAGUAACAGUAUCAAGUACAUCUAUACAAAUUCUUCUUUGGAGAGGGCCUGCUAUGUGGGCUUUUUUAUAUUAAUUAUUUCUUUUCAUGCAUAAAGCAACCCUACAAAGUAGGUGGUGUUCUUCACAUUUUACAGAUGGGGACACAAAGCCUCAGAGAGGUGAAGUGACUUGUCCAAAGUCACAUGGUUGGUGAAGCUGGGAAGACACCUAGAACUGACUCCAAAGUCAACGUGAUGGUUAAAUAGUUGUGAAUAGAGAGGUGUCCAGGAAGGCUUCUUUUUUUUAUGAAUUUAUUUAUUUAUUUAUUUUGGCUGCGUUGGGUCUUCCUUGCUGUGUGCGGGCUUUCCCUAGUUGGGCGAGCGGGGCUACUCUUCCUUGCAGUGCGCGGGCUUCUCAUUGCGGUGGCUUCUCUUCUUGCAGAGCACGGGCUCUAGGCGCAUGGGCUUCAGUAGUUGUGGCGCAAGGGCUCAGUAUUUGUGGUGCACCGGCUUAGUUGCUCCGCGGCUUGUGGGGUCUUCCUGGACUAGGGCUCUAACCCAUAUCCUCUGCAUUAGCAGGUGGAUUCUUUUUUUUUUUUUUUUUUUUGGCAAGAGUAUUCUUAAUCACUGCACCACCAGGGAAGUCCCAGGAAGGUUUCUUAAAGGAAGUAAACCGUUAGCUGCGCUUUAUGUGGUGGACAGAAUGACAGCGGGAGGAGUAAGGGUCGGGUCAGGCUGUUCGGCAAAGUCCAGAGCCUUGAGAAAAGGCCAUCAGCAGAUUUCUUAAAGCUCAAGAUUUCUAGGUCAAAGGCAUUAGCGGGGAGGCGUUGAGUCCUAGAGCGAUUGAUGGCCGCUGAGACAGCUGUGGACGCUGAGUCCCGCCCUCCCCCCGGGGACUAGGCACUGCGAGCUCGAGACCCCGCCCCAGUCCAACCACUUCUCGGUCAGCAGCAAUCGGACUCAUCCAGCCAAGGGCCAAUUCUGGCCCCGCCCCUCCCUUCCGGGUUCUAUCCCUCGCUUCCGGUCCCAGGCCCACGCCCCGCCUCCGUCUAAUUUGGAACAAUCCGACGGAACCUGCUGGGGUCUGCUCCUCCCUAUGCCACGCCCCUUCUCCGUCUGGUGCAUUCAGAAUUAUCCUCCCGAGUCAGCUCAGGCCCCGCCCCUGCCCCGUCCGUGCCACCCCCUGCCUCCGAGAUCAAGCCCUGACCACGCCCCUUCUUCGUUUGGCGAGGUCAGGCUGGCCUGCUGGCCCCGCCCUCCCAGGCCCCGCCCCGUCUAGACUCUUCGCAAAGCCGCCGCCUCCUUCGACUCAGCUGGGCGUCGGGAGCUGCACCCAUGGCGGUCACCGCUGAGGGCGCCCGCAGGAAGGAGCGCGUCCUCUGCCUGUUUGACGUGGACGGCACCCUCACGCCGGCUCGCCAGAAAAUCGACCCUGAGGUGGCUGCCUUCCUGCAGAAGCUGCGAAGAAGGGUGCAGAUCGGUGUGGUGGGCGGCUCUGACUACUCUAAGAUUGCUGAGCAGCUGGGAGAGGGGGAUGAAGUCAUUGAGAAGUUUGAUUAUGUGUUUGCUGAGAACGGGACAGUGCAGUAUAAGCAUGGACGACUGCUCUCCAAGCAGACAAUCCAGAACCACCUGGGGGAGGAACUCCUGCAGGACUUGAUCAACUUCUGCCUCCGCUACAUGGCCCUGCUCAGACUGCCCAAGAAGCGUGGAACCUUCAUCGAGUUCCGGAACGGCAUGCUGAACAUCUCGCCCAUUGGCCGGAGCUGCACCCUGGAGGAGCGAAUCGAGUUCUCCGAACUGGACAAGAAGGAGAAGAUCCGGGAGAAGUUUGUGGAAGCCCUGAAAACAGAGUUUGCCGGCAAAGGACUGAGGUUCUCCCGAGGAGGCAUGAUCAGUUUUGACGUCUUCCCUGAGGGCUGGGACAAGCGCUACUGCCUGGACAGCCUGGACCAGGACUGCUUCGACACCAUCCACUUCUUUGGGAACGAGACCAGCCCCUCUUUACAGGACUUCCCUGGUGGCGCAGUGAUUAAGAAUCAGCCUGCCGACGCAGGGGACACAGGUUUGAGCCCUGGUCUGGGAAGAUCCCACAUGCCGCGGAGCAACUAAGCCUGUGGACUACAACUACUGAGCCUGCGCUCUAGAGCCUGCAAGCCACAACUACUGAGACUGCGUGCUGCAACUACUGAAGCCCAUGCGCCUAGAGCCUGUGCUCUGCAACAAGAGAAGCCACCGCAAUGAGAAGCCCGCGCACAGCAACGAAGACUCAACAGAUCCAAAAAUAAAUAAUAAAAUAUUUUUUCUUUAAAAAGUC